UUUUUAAUAUUGCUUGUCCUGAAUGAAAAAAAAUUCCAUUUCUAUAUGUCAGUAGCAAGUGAAUAUGCACCUACUGCUGCUAAGCUAAUUGUGAGACAUUAAGUCAGUCUGGGCCUCAAUUUUGUCCACUGUAAAAUGUGGAUAUUAGAGCUCUGUCUGCCCAUGCCAAUCGAUGUGGUGUACACCUGGGUGAAUGGCACAGAUCUCGAGCUCCUGAAGGAACUACAGCAGGUCAGAGAACAGAUGGAGGAGGAGCAGAAAGCAAUGAGAGAAAUCCUCGGGAAGAACACAACGGAGCCAACUAAGAAGAGUGAGAAGCAGUUGGAAUGUUUGCUGACACACUGCAUUAAGGUGCCAAUGCUUGUCUUGGACCCAGCCCUGCCAGCCAACGUUACCCUGAAGGACCUGCCAUCUGUUUAUCCUUCUUUUCAUUCUGCCAGUGACAUAUUCAAUGUUGCAAAACCAAAAAACCCUUCUACUAAUGUCUCAGUUGUUGUUUUCGACAGUACUAAGGAUGUUGAAGAUGCCCACACUGGCCUGAUCAAAGGAAACAGUAAGCAGACAGUUUGGAGGGGCUACUUGACAACAGAUAAAGAAGUCCCAGGGUUGGUACUAAUGCAAGAUUUGGCUUUCCUGAGUGGAUUUCCACCGACAUUUAAGGAAACAAAUCAACUGAAGACAAAAUUGCCUGAAACUCUUUCUUCUAAAAUCAAACUGUUGCAGUUGUAUUCAGAGGCCAGCGUAGCACUUUUAAAACUGAAUAACCCUAAGGACUUCCAAGAACUGAAUAAGCAAACUAAAAAGAACAUGACCAUCGAUGGAAAAGAGCUGACCAUCAGUCCUGCAUAUUUACUAUGGGAUCUGAGUGCCAUCAGCCAGUCCAAGCAGGAUGAAGACAUUUCUGCGAGUCGUUUUGAAGACAAUGAGGAGCUGAGAUACUCACUGAGAUCCAUUGAGAGACACGCGCCGUGGAUUCGGAAUAUUUUCAUUGUCACCAAUGGCCAGAUCCCAUCCUGGCUGAACCUUGACAACCCUCGAGUGACAAUAGUGACACACCAGGACAUCUUCCGGAAUCUGAGCCACUUGCCCACCUUCAGUUCACCUGCCAUUGAGAGUCACAUUCAUCGCAUCGAAGGGCUGUCCCAGAAGUUUAUUUACCUGAAUGAUGAUGUCAUGUUUGGGAAGGACGUCUGGCCAGAUGAUUUUUACAGUCACUCCAAGGGUCAGAAGGUUUAUCUGACAUGGCCUGUGCCCAACUGUGCCGAGGGCUGCCCGGGCUCCUGGAUUAAAGAUGGCUAUUGUGACAAGGCCUGCAACAACUCAGCCUGCGACUGGGAUGGUGGGGACUGCUCGGGUAACAACGGAGGGAGUCGCUACAUCGCAGGAGGCGCGGGUACUGGGAGCAUCGGAGUCGGGCAGCCCUGGCAGUUUGGUGGAGGAAUAAAUAGUGUCUCUUACUGUAAUCAAGGAUGUGCUAACUCCUGGCUCGCUGACAAGUUCUGUGACCAAGCCUGCAAUGUCCUGUCCUGUGGCUUUGAUGCUGGUGACUGUGGGCAAGAUCAUUUUCAUGAGUUGUAUAAAGUAACUCUCCUCCCAAACCAGACUCACUAUGUUAUUCCAAAAGGGGAAUGCCUGCCUUAUUUCAGCUUUGCGGAGCUAGCCAAAAGGGGAGUUGAAGGUGCCUAUAGUGACAAUCCAAUAAUUCGACAUGCUUCUAUUGCCAAUAAAUGGAAAACCAUCCACCUCAUAAUGCACAGUGGGAUGAAUGCAACCACUAUACAUUUUAAUCUCACAUUGCAGAACGCAAAUGAGGAAGAGUUCAAAAUCCAGAUAACAGUAGCUGUGGAUACGAGGGAGGCUCCAAAACUGAACUUGACGGUCCAGACAGCUCAUGAGAAUGUGGCUAGCCCCAUAACACUUCUUCCAGAGGCAGAAAUCCUUUUUGAGGAUAUUCCUGCAGAAAAACGCUUCCCAAAGUUCAAGAAGCGUGAUGUUAACACAACACAGAGGUUCCAGGAGGAAGUGAAAAUUCCCCUGGUGAAUACUUCACUCCUUCCAAAGGAGGCCCAGUUGAGUCUCCGCAACCUGGAUGUGCAGCUGGAGCAGGGAGACAUCACUUUGAAAGGGUACAAUUUGUCCAAGUCAGCCUUGCUGAGGUCGUUUCUAGUGAACUUACAGGAUGCUAAAGUAAAAAUGAAUCAAGCUAUAACAACAGAUAAAAUAAAUGACAGUUUGGCAGCUCCCCCGGAGAAACAGAUUUACAAAAGCAUCUUGCCAAACAGCUUAGAAGGGUUGGAAAGAUCACAGAGGUCAACUCUGCCAGCAGUGACAGUAGGCGCGAAUGGUCAGCAUCAGGGUCAGAAUCCACCCCUGGACUUGGAGACCAAAGCAAGAUUCAGACUGGAGGCUCACACCCAAAAAGCCAUGGGUGGGAGUGUGUUGAAAGAAAAGCUCCCAUCUCUGAUUGUUCUGGAAAACCAGGUCAUGAAAGAAAAGAAAAUCAUCAGGAAAGAUGAAGAAAAAGAAAGACUGGAGGAAAACGGUAACAAUCCCCCAGAUGUUAGUGAGGUGCUACCUGGAAGGAAGCUGCAGCAUUACAUGGAAGGGUCCCCGGGCUUUCUGCCAUGGGAGAAAAAGAAGUAUUUCCAAGAUCUUCUUGAUGAAGAAGAGUCAUUGAAGAUACAGUUGGCAUACUUUACUGACAGCAGAAAUGCUGGGAGGCAGCUAAAAGAUACAUUUGCCGACUCCCUCCGAUACGUAAACAAAAUUCUAAAUAGCAAGUUUGGAUUCACAUCUCGGAAGGUCCCUGCCCAUAUGCCUCACAUGAUUGACCGAAUUGUUAUGCAAGAACUGCAAGAUAUGUUCCCUGACGAAUUUGACAAGACGUCAUUUCACAAAGUGCGCCAUUCUGAGGAUAUGCAGUUUGCCUUUUCUUAUUUUUAUUAUCUCAUGAGUGCAGUUCAGCCACUGAAUAUAUCUCAAGUCUUUGAUGAAGUUGAUACAGACCAAUCUGGUGUCUUGUCUGACAGAGAAAUCCGAACGCUGGCUACCAGAAUUCACGAACUACCUUUAAGUUUGCAGGAUCUGACAGGUCUGGAACACAUGUUAAUAAAUUGUUCAAAAAUGCUUCCUGCCAAUAUCACUCAGUUAAACAGUAUUCCACCAACUCAGGAAGCUUACUAUGAUCCCAAUCUGCCACCAGUCACCAAAAGUCUAGUAACCAACUGUAAGCCAGUAACUGACAAAAUCCAUAAGGCAUAUAAGGACAAAAAUAAAUACAGGUUUGAAAUUAUGGGAGAAGAAGAAAUUGCUUUUAAAAUGAUCCGUACCAAUGUUUCUCAUGUGGUUGGCCAGUUGGAUGACAUAAGAAAAAACCCCAGGAAGUUUGUUUGCCUCAAUGACAACAUUGACCACAAUCAUAAAGACGCCCAGACAGUGAAGGCUGUUCUCAGGGACUUCUACGAAUCCAUGUUUCCCAUCCCUUCCCAGUUUGAGCUGCCGAGAGAGUAUCGAAACCGUUUCCUCCACAUGCAUGAGCUGCAGGAAUGGAGGGCGUAUCGGGACAGACUGAAGUUCUGGACCCACUGUGUACUGGCAACGUUAAUUAUGUUUACUAUAUUCUCGUUUUUCGCUGAGCAGUUAAUUGCACUUAAGCGGAAGAUAUUCCCCAGAAGGAGGGUACACAAAGAAGCCAGUCCUGAUCGAAUCGGGGUAUAGAAGAUCUUCACUGGAAAAUCAUCUACCUCAGCAUAUCCUGAGCAUUUUUUCCCCAGCAUCACAGAGCUGUCUCUGUGACGUGAUCUCAGCCAGCGUGGCACAGAAGAGGACAACACCUAGCACCAUGCUGCCAAGUGGCUGAACAUGGCCCCGACCAGGAAUCAUGUGACCACCACACUGAAAACCUGUGUGGAGCAGUUCUGAGCUGAUUUACUUUUAAAGCAUUUACUGAUGGACCUGUCCUCUUUUUUAUGAAAAGCCUUGCUGAUGAGAGACAGGUGCUGAUGGCAGCCAUUGCAGCCUAACUGUAAUGUAAGAAGCCCAGGACAGCUUGGGAGCAAUGCUGAGAGACCCUGGACUUUGCAUUCUAAAACUUUUGCUAUAGUUUGACGCUUUUUCCUCCCCAUUUCUCUUUUUUAAGAUAAGUAGUUACUAAGUUAACUAGUUGUAUUCUUGCUUUUGAACAUGAUGAAGCGAAAUGUCUAAACAUAUUUUUAUAGUUGUUAUUUAAAUUGUGCAGCAGUAUGACCUUCUAUUGGCAAUAUCUGAGGUAUGGAUUUUGUUAAUGUUGAAGACUGCAAGUGGUCUUAUUAACUACUUAUAACUACUGAAGAGCUUGAUGACUGACAUCUGAAAUACUUUGCGCUUGUUUACUUCAGCCCCUAAGAAUACUAUGAUUUCAUAUGCAGGCCUAAUUCCAAAGGGCUAGCGUUAUGUAGCAGUGCUACUUACCAGAUGUAAUUAUGUUUUGGAAAUGUACAUAUUCAAACAGAAGUGCCUCAUUUUAGAAAUGAGUAGUGCUAAUGUCAUCAGUAUGUUCUAGUAGCUAUCUCUAUUGGUUUUGGAGAGAGCAGAGGCUGGCAGAUUUUCUCUGUGAAAGGCCAGAUAGUAAAUAAUUGCAGAUCAUUUGUGUCUCUGUCACCUUUUCUUUGUUGUUGUUGUUUAGUUUUGUUUUUAAAAACAACCCUCUAAAAAAAUGUAAAAACCGUGUUUAGCUUGCAACUGUACAGAAACAGGCCAUCAACCAGUUUGAUCCAUAGGCCAUUGUUUGCUGGUCAAACUGAGAAUGAGUAUUUUUAUGUAUGAGUCAACCCUGACAUCCAGCCAUAUUUUGUUUAUGUCAUUAUACAGUGGAUUUGUGGAGACCAGAUUCCAUGAGUCCUUUUUGAACCCUGACAGGUAUUUUAAGAUCAUGAUCUCAACAGUAUUCUUUCAAAAUGGUACACAUCUUUUAUAAAAAGAACUUGAAAUGUAAAUACUGUGUGCUGUAAGAGUUAUGUAUUUCAAAAACUGAAUUCUCAUAAAAAGUUACAUUUUGUC